AUUAUAAAAUGCUAUUUUUCUUUAUUUACAGACAAAUGUUUGUUUUGUUUUAUUUGAUGAGCAGAUAGGCUUAAUUAUCUCAAAGCUCCACCGUGUAAGUUUUGAUUUUGAGAAAUGUUAUUUUGAAUAUAUGACUCGAGGUAGGUUUUCAGAAAGUAAUUAUUCCAUUCAUGCAUUUUUUAAUCCGCUUAGCCUCACGAGGGUCUCAGGUGUGCGGGAGCCAAUUCCAACUGUCUUCCGGCAGUAGGCGGGGUCACCCUGAACUGGUUGCCAACCAAUCGCAGGACACACAGAGUCGAACAACGAAGCACACUCACAGUGGCGCCUUGGGACAAUUUCCAUUCACCUGCCAUGCAUGUAUUUGGAAUGUGGGAGGAAACCGGACUACCCGGAGAAACCCACGCAGGCACGGGGAUCCGGAAUUGAACCCUACACCUCUGCAUGUCAUACAUAUCUUUAUUCUUGCAAGCAUUAGGGGAUUCAAAGAAUUAUUUAAUUCAAUACAUAUAGAUUUUCAAUUAAUCUGUUGAUUCGGUUAUGGGAAUUUUAUUCUGCAAAAUACUUGAAACCGCAUUGGCCUAAAAAAUAAAAAUCUGUUGUUGCUUGGGACCAACUGUAUAUCUGACCUCAAGUAAAAUAUGUCUUGAUUUUCAGUCAACCGAACUUGAUUUUCUCUAAUGGAUCCCGCAGGUGUAUCUAAUGACGUGCCCGCUGUCGGCUGGCUCAUGACCAACAUGUUGUACUAAUUGAUGCCGAGUUUGGACGAGUUGCGGACAUCCUGUGAGGUGAGUUCAGUUUAUGAAUAUUAAUUAGCAAAUUAAGCAGGGUGUCUUAUUAAUGUGCGGCGCUGUGGCGCGCAUGCGUGGGGUAGAAAGCGCGCGUGCGAGAGAGGGAGAGAGAGAGAGAAUUGGGUAGGUGGGCAUGGGGUCGACGCGGAGAGCGGUCAGUCCACGCGUGCUUGCAUCCAGAGAGGGUGGCGUGAAGACUUGGAAACCUCCGCCGCUUGUGGGGAUGCUCGCUGCCGCCUAAAGCGAGAGGGAGCGAGCCGGAGAUGAUCCGGGCUGUGAGGAGCUUGUGGCGGUCAGGCGGCGGCAGCCAGCGCUCCGUCUGGUCUUCCACGCCUGAAGGACGAAUGACGGCGGUGGCUCAGCGGAAGAACUCAUCCCGCUGAAAGCUCUUCAGAGAGGGACGGGAGAUCCCCACCCCAACACCCCCCCUCUCCCGGCAGUCUCCCACCCCCUCGGCACUUUCUCCAUGGCGUCUCCGCAACAGUCCAGGAUUCAGUCCUAUCUGGAGAGGAACAAAAUCGGACCCUUGUUCGAGGAGUUGAUGACAAAACUGAUAAGUGAGACCCCUGACCGUCCCAUUCCUUUCCUCAUCGACCACCUCCAGAGCAAACAGGACAGCCCCGGAAAGAUGCACCGCGCACUCUCCGGAUCGGCAGCGCUGUGGGCCCAAAGUUCCCCGGAAAGCAAAAACACUCGACGGGAGCUACGCCACAACGACAGACCGUGGCAAAUUCACCCCAGGAAACCCAAGAAGUCCAAGAGUGACCUGGCCGUGUCCAGCUUGUCGCCUCCCUCGCCGGAAUCCAAGUUGUUGCCUCAGUGUCCGUCGUGGGACUGGCGGGACAGCCGCGAUUUGGACGAGCUCAACCACAUCCUGCUGGAGAGCAAAAAGCUGGGCCGGGCCCUGGAGAGCCUUUCUCACAGUAUCACCACAUCGGAUGACAUUGGUCAGAACUUGGGAGGCUACAACUCGGUGCUGCGUCCCCGCGUGGUGGGCGAGUGGAUUGGUCGCGCCGAGGAGGAUGCUGACCCGCUGGCCGCCGAGAUGCUGCGGCCCCCGGUUCCGCGUGUCAAAAACGACGUGUGCUGGAGCAGGGACGGACUCCCCCUCGCCAGUCUUAAGACGGUGGCCAAAGGCAGCAAAGGACUAAUGGAGCAGCAGCAGCAUCAUAGGAAGUUGCUGGCCGACAUGUUGUCACAGGAGUCCUUGAACCCGCUCCGUAGUCUCACGCCGUGCGUCGGUGACGACGAGAUGGAUGUCGACGACGACGAUGACGACGCCAUGGAACUUUUGGAGGACCUGGAUGAUCUGCGAAUGGAAGGUGUGACCGGAUUGGCUCCGUCUGGCUGUAAAUUCAGUCAGGGACGCAGCUCCUACCAUCCGGAACCUCAGGCCAAAGUUACGCUCAACAUUUGCUCUCGAUGUGCCAGGUUGCAGGGCGACAGUCUGGCCACCAGCAGAUCGCAGGAAGCUUUGCGCCCUCACGCAUCCGAACAAGCCGUGCCUGAUAUCUCAUCCACGUUGCCUGGGGUGGACGCUUUGGCGGCGGCGGCGGGGCGCUUGCAGGAAUGCGAGACUCCGUCUCAAGUGUCGAGCUCUCGUCAGCCUGUCUGGGAGGCUGAUCUCAAAGCUGGGAGGAGAGCUGGUCUGGUGCUGGGGGACCCCCUCUUCUCCAAGGAGCUGGAGAACAUGGGCAAGCAGCUCGCUGAGGUUGAGAAGGAUUUGGCCAAGCUGGCAGAAGUGGGCAAGAUGACUGUUCGAAACAAUCCCCACGGCAGUCUCGUCCGUGGUCCGCUGGGCCACCGGAGCCUCCCUGAUACGCUGCCGCUCACCAGCCUUCUCUGCAGGCCCCGCUCGCCCAGCGGCGGCCUCUCGGGCAAGGCGUGCCCCGGGUCAUCGUCCUUGCGGCCGGGCGGUCGGGCUUUCAGCAACCCCGGCAGCAGGACCCACACGCCCGGAACGCCCGACAGCCUGCGCUCGGGAUUCAACGCUCACAAGGAGGUGACGUUCAGGAGGUCCAGGAGUCGCCCAGUCACACCCACCAGGAAGCCUGCGCACACCCGACCGUUGCUCACGCCGCCCGGGCUCAGCACCACCGACAGCCUGGGGGCCAGCCUGCGGGCCUAUCUGGCUGAGGAUGAGUUUUACCAGCAGUUGCAGGCCAUCCGGCAGCCUUGGCACAUCCCCAGCGACACGGACAGCGACAUCAUGGAGCCGCCCGAGCAGGACAAAAGUGCCAGCAAGCGAUCCGUCUUUUCAGGCCUAUGAAGAUGACGAAGAUCCUGUCCGACAAUGAUCCAAGCCGCACCGGACAUUUUAAACAAAUUCCAGUUAUUUUUAUAAGUCCUAUCAAUGAGAUUGUAUAUCUUUCUUUUCCACCAAUAUUUCAUAGAAUGAUACUAUAUGAUAUUUUUUAAUUUUUGUUUGCUCUUUUGCAUGCUCCGGGACUCCCUGCAUGGGUGCAUUUUGUGAUUGGACAACCUCUUUCGAAAGGCAGUGCACGAGGGAUACCAUUUGUUGCAUGCCCAAGCAAGCUAAUGCCACUCCACAACAACAGGGGGAGCUCUAACUUUUUUGGAGUGAUAGGAACAUCAAUUUAAUAUGCUUACAUUCCACUCGGAAUGUUUGAGACCACUUUUUUUCCCCUCACCUUGUCAAACUGCUACACUGUAGCGCCAACUACUGGUGCGGAGGACUAUUUUUUGGCUGAGGUAUUGGUGGCUGGUAUCGGUAUCCGUUACCAGGGUAAGGGACUAGUUAGCGCCGUGCUCAUCACCAUUAAUGUUUUCCACAAGCCAUUCAUUCACUCAAAAGAAAUGAAAAGUAAACAACAGCUGUAUGCGUUCAAAAAUAAAAAAAUCAACUAAUUGCACUGGAGCGCAAAAUAUAUCAAGAAAUUCUGCUACUUGGGUUAGCAUUAGCUUGUUUGCCCGCCUUCAAAUGAUCCCUUUAUGAUAUAGGCUCUGAAAGAGGUUUUUAAACGUCUUGAGGCGGAACCAAAAGGAAUACUGGUAUGCUAAUAAAAUGAUUUGGUGCUCAUC